AUGUCUCUAGCCUACAAGGACAACUUGAUAUCUACUAUUCUAGCCAAGGAAGGCAAAUGUGAAUUCCCUAUGAAUUUUGGCUGUUCCUCUUCACAGAUAACUUUGAUGCCAGAAAUAUUUUCGUUUAGUAAUGAACGCAAAUAUCAAACCCUGAUACCCUUGAUGAAAACAUCACACCUAAUUGAUGAUGAUUUGAAAGACAAACUGAACAAGUGUGCUUUUGAUUUUUUUUCUGGAAAACAGGCCAACAAAACAAGCGACACAACUAUCUCUAAGCUCACAGCAAGCAGAAGGACCUCACCGAGGCUGUCAUUGGAGACUAUCAAUAGAGUUAAAGAGGAGAAUAUUGCUGACGGUAGGUCAGAUAUACGUGAUCCAAAUAAAGUAAAUCAUCCCACAAAAGCUGUGAUGAAAUUGAAACCUACUAAAACCACUACGGCAGGGCAAAGGACUCGUCAUUUCUGUAAGAUCUGUUCUACUGGGUUUACAACAUCUGGCCACCUUUCAAGACAUAACAGAAUACAUACGGGUGAAAAAAAUCAUAUAUGUCCGCACGAGGGCUGUGGACAAAGGUUUAGUAGGCAUGAUAACUGUAAUCAACAUUACCGCACCCAUGCAAAUAAGAAGAAAAGAAACUGGAAGAGAAGAGAAACUAGCAGUUGA